CUGGGGCUUUCCAAAACCCAUCUUACUGCCGAAUCCAGUAUAUCGCCUAAAGUGGCCUGGAGAGCCCGAGGAAGAAUUGCCACCACUCCCUGGGCCUCCCUUACGACUCCAACUCCCAGGGCUGGUAUACACAAAACUUUUCUGUUAGCCUUAACAAUUUCUGCUAGCUAACAGAGAGAUGCUAACAGGUAUGCACAAAGUGGGACUUGGCAACUGUUAACUAGCAAACAGCUGUUUGGUAAGAUUCCGCUCACUGGCGCUACGUUUAUCAUAUUCUCGACAUCGUCAUUUAUUUAUAUACAUUAAUCAGGUGAUUUCGAACUCAAUAUUGAUAAAAAAAACAUUUUAGAUAAUUUUAAAUGUAUUUUGUUAUUAUAUUAAAGUAUUAUUUAUCUACGUAUGAGUAUUAAUAUAAAUGUGUGCCGUUCGAAGGAAGUAUGUGCUCAUAUGUAAACAAGACCCCGACAACAAUUUAAACUCCAUGGACCCAACUCCAAACACUCAACAAAGGAGGAAGAGGAAACCAAACUGGUCAAGUGCGCUUGGUUAACAUCAGGGCAGAAAAACGAUGUAUAAUAAAGGGACGGUUUCACCCUUCCCUGACCCCUGCAGAUAAUAAACGUGCAUGGGAAGACAUUACGAACGCUUUAAAUGCGUGCAAUUUACAUGUGAAAAGAACUGAAGAAGAAGUUGUAAACAAAUGGUUUACAGUGCUGUCCCACUCACGGAAGAAGAUUGCUAAUAUCAACAAGGAGCAGAAUCAAUCAGGUGCUGGUGGCCCUGAAGCAACUCCCUUGGAUCCCAUCGACUUGAAGGUUCAAGAAAUGAUUGGGGAGAAGAGUGCAAUUAUUGGUGGCAUUUCUCCUGUCGAAGGAACCCUGUUGAGGCUGCAGAAGCUGCGGGCCAACAGGGCACAUGACCAACAGCAGGUGACCCAUCAGCAGCAGCAGCACUACCACCAGGAGGACCACCAGCAGCAGCACCAGGUAGACCACCAGCAGGACCAUCAGCAGUACCCCCACCAGGAGGACGACCAACAGCAUCAGCUCUUGGAGGUGCAUCAGCAGCAGGAGGAGGUGUUGGUGAUCCCUUCACCACAACUAGUGGCUGAUGAUAGUAGCAAUGUUCAAAUAAAUUAUUUGGACCUUGCCGCAGCAAAUGCAAUCUCACUUUACAGAGACGAAAAGCGUAGGCUGAAGCUGCUCAAGGAAAAAGCCAAGAUUGAGUACUGGCAAGAAAGAGCAAAAUACUACAAAAAUAAAAGAAUCUAAGACUUUGCAUAAUCUUACUUUUUCUCAUGUGGAAUAAAACUAGUCUGUA